CAUGUCACGAAAGAUUCAAUGUAUAAAAAUAUCAAUCAUCGUCAGCAUUCGGCAUCUUUGUGUUUGAUCGACAAUGAUAAGCGGUGUGCUGUUGAUGGUGGCUGUGAUAUCAGGCAUAGUGUGCGGCGAAACGCCGAGACCGUCGGGCGCUAGAGCCGCGUUCAAGGACGCCGGCCAGGCGGAGAGGCACUUGCUGGCUGCGCUGGGCAUGAAGCGUCGACCGGUGGUGGACAAGUCUAAAGUGGAGAUACCAGCCGCCAUGCUGGAGCUUUAUAGGAUGCAAAUGUCGUACGAAUUCGACACCACGGCCUUACCGUUGCCGGGACACCAUGUCAAGUCCGCGAAUACYGCCCGAACGUACUUACAUAGAGGUAACGCUGACGUCCGGGCCCCGAUACCCGACACGUUUGAGUUGCGGGCCACCGAUAGGCCUGCGCUGCUCGUGUACUCGGACGACGGAAAGAACAGCCGCCCCGUCGGCCCGCCGCGGCGGAAACGCUCGCCCGGGGCUGGUCAACAGCAACAGGGCAGGGGCGGUGGCAAACGGCGGAAGGACGGCGGUGGCCGGGACAUCUGCCAGAGGCAUCCGCUCUACGUGGAUUUCACCGACGUCGGUUGGGACGAUUGGAUCGUCGCGCCGCCCGGCUACGACGCGUACUACUGCCACGGCGACUGUCCGUUUCCGGUUGCCGAACACCUAAACUCCACCAACCAUGCCAUCGUUCAGACGUUGGUCAACUCCAUGAACCCCGCAGCCGUACCCAAAGCGUGUUGCGUGCCCACUCAGUUGGCGUCCAUAUCGAUGCUGUAUCUGGAUGAGGACAACAAAGUGGUGCUCAAAAACUACCAGGAUAUGCAAGUGCUCGGGUGCGGGUGCAGGUAGGCCUCGGCCUAGACCUAUCACACACACACACACACACACACACACAUACUCAUACACACAAACACAUAGCGUCGCCCAAAGAUAU